AAGAUUAGACCCCUCAUGAAAAGGAGGGAGGAGGGAGAGGAGGGGAGAGUGAACGAGCCGUCAAGUGAUCUGUGUCGAGCUUCAGGGAAGACUGCGCCAUGGGGCUCAGCGACGGAGAGUGGCAGCUGGUGCUGAACGUCUGGGGGAAGGUGGAGACCGACCUCGCGGGCCACGGGCAGGAGGUCCUCAUCAGCCUCUUCAAGGGCCACCCGGAGACCCUGGAGAAGUUCGAAAAGUUCAAGCACCUGAAGACAGAGGAUGAAAUGAAGGGCUCCGAGGACCUGAAGAAGCAUGGCAACACGGUGCUCACCGCCCUGGGGGGCAUCCUCAAGAAGAAGGGCCAGCACGAGGCGGAGCUGAAGCCCCUGGCCCAGUCACAUGCCACCAAGCACAAGAUCCCCGUCAAGUACCUGGAGUUCAUCUCAGAGGCCAUCAUCCAGGUUCUCCAGAGCAAACAUCCCCACGACUUCGGCACUGACGCCCAGGCGGCCAUGAGAAAGGCUCUCGAGCUGUUCCGGAACGACAUUGCUGCCAAGUACAAGGAGCUGGGUUUCCAGGGCUAAGCCCCUGCACGACCCCACCCCCACCCACGGGGACGCCGGGCCCCAGGGGAGGGUGGCGCUGGGUCUCCUGUAGCCACGUAGAGUUUGCUUCUGAGUGUCUGCUUUGUUUCUGAGAGGCGGGUGGGGGAGGGGAGGGAGGGGGAGGCUGUUCCGGCUGGCUUCAUCUGGACUGAGCUCCUUGUGGGGGUCAUCACCCCGGGAACCGGAAGUGUGGCCCUUUGCUCUCUGCCGCCCGCAGCCUCUCUCCUCUCUCCCUGACUCCAACCCAAUUCCUCCAAUCUCCAAACCCAACCCGUCACCCGCGCCUCUAAUCCCAAAUCCAAGCCGUAAACAUACAGAUUCUCUGACCCAUC